AUGCCAUGCCGCCGUUUGAGGAGAGAAGUGCGCACUCUCUGUCCUGGCCGGCUGCAGCGGCGGACCCGUCCCCAGCGGUGCACACGGCGGCACGCACACGGACGAACGGGAAGUGUUCCCCCCCCCCCCCCCGCCCCUCCGUGCACGCGGCGGGAAGCGGCCCCGGCCGGGAGUUCAGGAGCGCCGCGCGCACCCGGUAGUGCACGCACGCGGUUGCUGGGUGCGGUGGGGUGGGGGGAGCGCCCGGCCGGGCACAGGGCGGGGGAGGGGGGACGGCUGCCGCAAUGCGCGCCUCCGCCUAAGCCUGUGUGCCCAGAUGGAGAGAGGGGGCGCCGUGUGCGAGCCGGCUGUGCAUGCGCGCCCCCGCCUGGGGCUAUAAAAGCCUCGCCACCUGCUGCCACUAGUGCGUCCAGUUGCCGGGAGAAGCCAGUUCACCUCCUCCAGCGGCAGCUCCUCUGGACAUGGACCCCGAGACCUGCCCUUGCCCUACUGGUGGUUCCUGUACCUGCAACGGCUCCUGCAAGUGUGAGGGAUGCAAAUGCACCUCCUGCAAGAAGAAUUCUGAUGGACAGCUAUGAUGGAGACCUUCUACCCUGGUCCAAACCCUCACCUCAAAACCUCAAGCUGCUGCUCCUGCUGCCCGGCGGAGUGUGAGAAAUGCACCAAGGACUGUGUGUGCAAAGGUGAAGAGGGCACCGAGGCUGAGGCCGAGAAGUGUAGCUGCUGCCAGUGAGGAC